ACAUAACACCGCUGCACGUAGCAUCCAAACGUGGGAACAGCAACAUGGUGCGACUGCUGCUGGAGAGAGGGGCCAAGAUAGAUGCACGGACCAAGGACGGUCUGACUCCUCUACACUGUGGAGCCAGGAGUGGUCACGAGCAGGUAGUUGAGAUGCUGCUGAACAGAGGAGCUCCAAUACUGUCAAAGACCAAGAAUGGUCUGUCUCCUCUCCACAUGGCGACACAAGGCGAUCACCUCAACUGUGUCCAGCUGCUGCUGCACCACGACGUGCCCGUGGACGACGUGCCCAAUGACUACCUGACGGCGCUGCACGUGGCCGCCCACUGUGGCCACUACAAGGUGGCAAAGGUCAUCGUGGACAAGAAAGCCAAUCCCAACGCCAAGGCGCUGAAUGGUUUCACUCUCCUGCACAUUGCCUGCAAGAAAAACAGACUCAAGGUGAUGGAGCUGCUUCUGCAGCGUGCAGCGUCUAUACAGGCAGUCACAGAGUCCGGUCUGACGCCGAUCCACGUCGCAGCAUUUAUGGGACAUGAAAACAUCGUCCACCAGCUCAUCAACCACGGGGCUUCGCCAAACACAAGCAACGUGGAUUCAGAUGCCGUGGCAGACUUCACCCAGGUUCCUGUGGGAUUAUUGCCUGUUUUUCCUGAAGUCAGUCAGCAACCAGGUCCGAAUGCUCUUCACCUUGAACCAUCCAGCAUGUUAUCAUUCUGGAAGGUACAGUUGUCAUGGUUGACACUGAUCAAGCUGUUUGCCUCAUAUUUGGGCUGACCUGUGCCCUCCAUCCUGACUGUCCAAAAUGCCUAAAAAACACCUUUGACUUCAUUCACAGGCUGAUGCUCA